UAUGAUUACGACACGGCCAUCUCAAUCACAUGUGACGUUGCUUACGAUUACGGCGUAUCGGUCGGCCAAUCACAGCGCGAGUUUACAAUCUUGAGAUAUUCAAACGCGAAAUUUCUCAAUUGCGCGCCCAAACGGAUCUUCGGAUCCCCGGUUAUGUCGGUGCUCCGAGAACAAAAGCGUAAAAUUGAAGAAGCAACAGCAGACGGCGAUGAUGAUGAGCAGUCGCAUGAUAAAGUGCGACUUUGAGGAGAUGAUUUCAAAGAUCGAGAUUACGAAUCUAAAUUUGACGCAUCUCCUGAUAACCUUGCCUUUAGUAGGAAUAUAUAUAACGGCGCUUUACAAUACGUACGUGGUUUAUGUUGGAUCUGGCGAUAUUAUUAUCAAGGUUGCGCAGCAAGGUUUGCGUGGAGAUGGUAUUUCCCUUAUCGCUAUGCACCGUUUGCAAGCGAUUGUAUUAACAUCGGUGGUCUCUACAGAAUUCGAGAAAGAUACUAUACCAUUUUGUCCAUUAAAGCAAUUGAUGGGUGUAUUUUCUGCUGAUAGUAAAAAACAUUUAUCUGCACCAUGGGUAAAAUUAAUGAUUGAUCCAAAAUCUCAUAUUAUCGACUUUUAUCCAGAAGAUUUUAAUUUUGACUUAAAUGGAAAGAAAUUUGUAUGGCAGGGCGUAGCUCUGCUUCCAUUUGUUGAUGAAAAAAAUUAUUUAAAGCUUUGGUGUCACAUUAUGAUAGCUUAACGGAAGCAGAAA